AUGUCUGCUACUGUAGCUGCUGCGGAUUUUAAUAGCUCUAAUCUCACAAGAUCUAAGACACUUCAUCCAUGUGCAAGAUGCAAAUUGACUAUUGAUAGUGGGCAUGCCUAUGAAUUAGGAGAAGAUAGAUGGCAUACAGACUGUUUCUCUUGCUAUCGUUGCGAGAAACCUUUGAAUUGUGACACAGAUUUUAUGGUCCUAGGAACUGGGGCCUUAAUUUGUUUUGAUUGCUCCGAUUCAUGUAAAGGCUGCGGUAAGAAAAUCGACGACCUAGCUAUCAUUCUAUCAUCGUCUAAUGAAGCUUAUUGCUCCAGUUGCUUUAAAUGUUGUAAAUGUCAUGAGAGCAUAACUGAUUUGAAGUACGCAAAGACCAAACGUGGGUUAUUUUGUUUGACUUGUCAUGAAAAAUUGGUAGCAAAAAGGAAACGUUACGAAGAAAAGAAAAGAUUAUAUAAGAAAGAUCUCCCCACGUUGCCAGAUAUUGCAAACCAAACAUCAACCGCAUCGUCAAUAACUGUUCAUUCUUCAAUAUCAGGUGAAUAUCCACAGUUGUCAACGCCAAUUCAUAAGAAAAGAUCAAGCACACUGAGCCAUCAUCAGCUACAUUCGGAUGGUGCCGUAUACUCCAGUAAAAUUGUCUCACAAGAAAUAUUAGUUCCUCCCACAAGAAAGGGGAAAACUUUACUAGACAAAACCCCCUUGAAAAAUACUACUGCAAGUAGGGAUUCUAGUCUUGGUUCUCAUUCAAAUAAUGAAACUGGGACUCAACCAGAACUAAUGGAUAAUAUAUCAAACGAAAAUAACACUUCUGAUGAUCCAAUGGAAGAUUUAGACUUCCAAAGUGCCAGAACUUCCUCGAAUAUGGAUGUACUAUCAACCAUAUCAGAAAGAAACCCAGUAAAAUCCAAAAAAUCUACUUCAGAUAAAAGAAAGAGUACAAAUAUCCUAUUAUCAAAUUCAGAUGUACAUGCGCUUGCAGCUGCCACAGCAGCUACUAAUACCUCUACAAUAUCAACGAAGAUACCUAGGUCAAAAUCAGUCACACCUACAACAUUGAACCAUAUAGACACGAGUUUAAAUCCAUCUACUAUUCCUAUUUCUUCUCCAACCUCUGUAUCUUCUCCAACGUCAAAAUUAAAGAAACAUAAGACAAGUAUCCGCCCUUCAAGGUCACAUUCUAUUGAUUUAAAAAUUUCUAAACAUCAAAAUAUUAGUAGAGAGAAUUUAAGUUCGAAUGAUACAAAUAAGAAUAUCAAGUCGGUUGACAAUAAUCCAUACUUUACUAAUAAAUCUAGCAGCUCAUCAAAUCCAAAGCAUCAUUCUUCUGCUGCUGUUUUAACUAAAUCAUCAUCGUUUAUUUCCCAUAAGAUUAGUCAUAGUGCUGCAAGUAAAGAUUCAAAGAUUAAAAGUGAUAGUAAUGAUAUGGUUUCUAGUAACUCAAGAUUAAAGCAAUCGACUUCAGUGAGACAUUCUUUAGAUAGAAAAGUUUCGUCUGGUGCUUCUAGCCAUAAGCUGGAAGAAAAAGAAAAAGAUUUACAGAAUGAGAUUGGAAAGUUAGAGAAACGGAAACAAAAACUAAUAGAAGAUAUUGAAGGUUUAGAGAGUCGUAGGGAUAAAUUAACUAAAGAAGUUAACUAUCUAGAAAAUGAUAAAUUUGAAGCUCCUCCUCCUCUAGUUGAAGCAAUUGCUAUGAGGGAAAGUAGAUCAACAAAUACUAUGGAGAAUUUGACGGAUGAUAAAGAUGAAACAAGCUAUGAUGACGCAAAUGAUAUGAAUUUGGACUCCGGAUCUGUUGAUCAAUUGAAGGAAGUUCCAAAAGGUAGAUUCUGGAAACUUUUUUCUGGUUCUAGAUCUAAUUCUGUAAGUCCACAGCCGGCUCUUAUUGUAAACAACACAAGCUUAAUAGCUCCAAAGAAAACUAGGCUAGAUGUUUCUGAACCUAUUUUAAGAGCUCCUGACGUGAUUUCUGAACAUAAAUUAAAGACUAUAAGCAGAAGAUCAAUGUCAGAACAUAAUUUCAAACAGUUGCAACAGCCUUUAAUGCCUGUGCGUCCAAUUAAAAUUUCUGAUCCAUCUGUAUUAUAUGGAUCUACUUUAGUAGCACGUUGUGAAUUUGAAAAACGAUCUACACCAUUAAUAAUUACGAAAUGCAUUCAAUAUAUCGAAUCAGAUAAAGAGUUUUUACAGACAGAAGGUAUAUACAGAAAAUCAGCUUCACAAUCACUAGUAGAAAAAUUAGAGACGAGGUUUUCCGUGUCUAAAAAUUAUGAUGCUGAUCCAAAGAUGAGAAAAUUAAUGGAGCAAGAUAUCCACGCUGUUGCUAGUGCUUUGAAGCGCUAUUUAAGACAAUUACCAAACAGUAUUAUACCUUUUGAAAUAUACGAUGAGUUAAUUUCCUUGAUUAGAAGGGAAAAUCUGCCUAAAUUUUUACCUUUAAACGAUAACUUGAAACAAAACCCAAUGUAUCUAAAAACAAUUAACAAAUUCAAAGAGUUAUUGAAAUUUAUUCCAAGAGAGCAUUAUGCCGUUCUACAAUUACUUUCACUUCACUUGAAAAAAGUUGUUAGCUACAGUGAAGAGAAUUUGAUGAACAUUAAAAAUAUCUCAUUAGUUUUUACACCGGGAUUGAUUCGAGAUCAAAAUGGUACUAAGGACAUCCUCGAUAUGAGAGAAAGAAAUUAUGCAGUUGAAUUUAUUUUAACUUCCUCGGCUGAUUUACUAGGAACGAUAAAACGUUUGGUGGACAAUUAA